CCCUCAGUUCUCGCGGUGCCUCAGUUCCCGUGCAGGCGCUCUGCUGGUUUUGCUGUCUCAGUCCCGGCCCGCGUUGCUGUAUCCCUUACUGUUUCCCGGAGACCGUCAUGGAGUACCUCAUAGGGAUACAGGGCAGGGACUUCGUCCUGGUGGCAUCUGACACGGUAGCGGCUAGCAGUAUCGUCGCCAUGAAGCACGCUGUGUUGCAGGGUAGUCUGCUCGGAGAGAUUCAUUUUCACGUGUCGUUUGUUUUACACAUUGCACAUUGUAGCACCACUAAAUCAAAUGUGUUACAGACCAUUCAUCUUUAUUUCAUCAUUACAGGUUAUGAACUAUCCCCUUCAGCAGCUGCCAACUUCACUCGCAAAAACCUGGCAGAGUACCUCCGAAGUCGGACGCCCUACCAUGUGAAUAUGCUUCUAGCUGGCUGUGACGAGCAUGAGGGUCCAGCACUCUACUACAUGGACUAUCUGGCAGCUUUGGCUAAAGCCCCAUUUGCUGCUCAUGGAUAUGGAGCAUUUCUGACACUCAGUAUCUUGGACCGAUACUAUAAACCAGAUCUCUCACGCGAAGAGGCAUUGGAGCUGUUGAAGAAAUGUUUGCAAGAGAUCCAAAAGCGAUUUAUUCUGAAUCUUCCCUCGUUUACUGUUCGAAUCAUUGAUAAUGACGGUGUUCAUGAUAUGGAACAAAUUUCUGUGUCAAAAAUAUAAUUUUACAUUCAGCAAUAAUUUUUGUUUUUACUUUCAGAGAUUUAUGUAUAUGAGCUCAGAAUAAAGCCUGAGGUUCACACUAA